AGUAGUUCCUCCCAUUUUCCAAUAAUUUCCAUGGCGUGCUGGCCCAGGGAAAACAUUUUCCUUCCCAACUGCCCAAACGACUUGGACAGGACUUAAACAUACAGAAGGGAAGAUAAAGAAAAAGGCAGCCAUGGGGAAGAGAGUGGCCAUCAUCGGAGCUGGUGUCAGUGGCUUAGCCUCCAUCAGAAGCUGUCCGGAAGAGGGGCUGGAGCCCACCUGCUUUGAGAGGAGUGAAGAUGUUGGGGGCCUGUGGAAAUUCUCGGACCAUGCAGAGGAAGGCAGAGCUAGCAUUUACCAGUCUGUCUUUACCAACUCUUCCAAAGAGAUGAUAUGUUUCCCAGACUUCCCAUAUCCUGAUGACUUCCCCAACUUUAUGCACAACAGCAAGCUCCAGGAAUAUAUCACUGAAUUUUCCAAAGAAAAGAAGCUCCUGAGAUACAUACAAUUUAAGACCCUUGUAUCUGGUAUAAAUAAACGUCCUGAUUUCUCAGUCACUGGUCAACGGGAUGUUUUUUACCACUGAAAGAGAUGGUAAAAAGGAAUAAGAGAUGGUAAAAAGGAAUCAGCCGUCUCUGAUGCUGUGCUGACUUGUUCUGGACAUCAUGUGUCCCCCAACCUACCAAAAGAGUCCUUUCCAGGACUAAAACUUUUUAAAGGCAAAUGCUUAAACAGCCGGGAUUAUAAGGAGCCAGGAAUAUUCAAAGGGAAGCGAAUCCUGGUGAUGGGCCUGGGGAAUUUGGGCUGUGAUAUUGCCACGGAACUCAGUCACACAGCUGAGCAGGUCAUCAUCAGUUCCAGAAGUGGCUCCUGGGUGAUGAGCCGGGUCUGGGAUGAUGGCUAUCCAUGGGACAUGGUGUUUAUCACCCGGUUUGAAACCUUCCUCAAGAACAACCUGCCGACAGCCAUCUCUGACUGGUGGUACAUGAAGCAGAUGAAUGCGAGAUUCAAGCAUGAGAACUACGACUUGAUGCCUUUAAACGGAACCCUGAGGAAAGAACCUGUAUUUAAUGAUCAGCUCCCAGCUUGCAUUCUGUGCGGCACGGUGUCCAUUAAGCCGAGUGUGAGAGAACUCACUGAGACUUCAGCCAUUUUUGAGGAUGGCACGGUGUUUGAGGCCAUCAAUUGUGUCAUUUUUGCAACAGGCUAUAGUUAUGACUACCCCUUCCUCGAUGAGUCCAUCAUUAAGAGCAAAAACAAUGAGGUCACCUUGUUUAAAGGCAUUUUCCCUCCUAAACUGGAGAAGCCAACCAUGGCAGUGAUUGGUUUUGUCCAGUCCCUUGGGGCUGCCAUUCCCACAGCUGACCUGCAGGCCCGCUGGGCAGUACAAGUAAUAAAAGGAACUUGUACUUUGCAUUCUGUAACAGACAUGAUGAAUGAUAUUGAUAAAAAAAAAGAGGGAAAAAUGCUGUUUCCUCUUCCCACCUCUUGGUUUGGCACCAGCAAGACGGUACAGACGGAUUAUAUUACAUAUAUGGAUGAACUUGCCUCCUUCAUUGGGGCAAAGCCCAACAUCCCAUGGCUGUUCCUCACAGAUCCCAAACUGGCUGUGGAGGUGUUCUUUGGUCCUUGCAGCCCAUACCAGUUUAGGCUGGUGGGCCCAGGCAAGUGGCCAGGAGCCAGACAUGCCAUCCUGACCCAGUGGGACAGGACCCUGAAGCCCAUGAAGACGAGGGCUGCUGGGACCCCUCAGAAGCCUUGCUUGCUCUGCCAUUGGGCCAGGCUCCUCGUUCUCCCUGCUCUGUUCAUUGCUGUUUUCUUUGCAUUGAUCUAA